AUGACUGAUCCAAAUAACAAGAUAUAUCAUCCUCAUGAUCCUCACCAUCCUCAACAACAACAUCCUCAACAACAACAACACUUACCUUCUAACGAUCCUCAACAACAUAAUCAAUAUCAGUAUCACCAACAACACGAAGAAGAAGCGGAGGAAGAAGGGCAACUACGUCAUCUUCAUCAUCAUCAACAGCAUCAACAUUUAUCUUUACAUCCUAGAGAAUUAAUACAGCAUAAGAUUGGAGGUGAAGAGGUAAAUGAGAUUAGAAACGGUGCUCAUGAUUUUAAAGUUCAUCAAUUGCCUCUUGCUAGAAUAAAGAAAGUAAUGAAAACUGACGAAGAUGUAAAGAUGAUCAGUGCUGAAGCCCCGAUCCUAUUUGCUAAAGGUUGCGACAUAUUUAUAACAGAAUUGACAACCAGAGCUUGGCUUCAUGCAGAAGAAUGUAAACGAAGAACUUUACAACGAUCAGAUAUUGUUAAUGCUAUAAAAAAAUUAGAUAUGUUUGAUUUCUUGAUAGAUAUUGUACCAAGAGGAGGAAGUGAAGAUAAAUUAACGACACCAAAUAGAACCGAUGACCAUUCGUACGAACCGGGAUUACCACCACUUCAUCAAAGUGGGCCACAAUUUAAUACUAAUACUCCGACAAAUAUGCCUGGUGAUAAAAUGUUAAUCGAUUAUCCACAUCAUCAUCCACAUAAUCCACAGAAUCAUCCACAUCAUCAUUAUAUGCAAAGGAUAGAUUCUCAUCAUCGCUCCAACCAUCAUCUACAUUAUCAACAACAUCAUCCUGAACAUAAUCAACCUUAUCAGCAUCCUCAACAACAUUAUCAACAUCCACCACCUUUGUUACCACCAAUAAAUCCUGCUGCCGAUCAUCAAUUGAUUUCUUCUUCCACUUCUCCUCUCCCCUCUACUUCUUUAUUCAGACCAGCUUCUGCUUCGUCAUCAUCAAGUGAUUCCGCUGUUGCAAGUUCAUCUUCGUCAUCAUACCAAAAUCACCCUUAUUAUCAUCACAAUAAUCAAUACUCAUACCAUCAUUCUUCAGAAUCCAAUCAUCCACCUCAUCAUCAUCAACAUCCACCUCAACCUCAACAUCAUCAUGAUAAUUACCAUCCUCAACAUAAUCCUAAUCAUGUUAAACCUGAAUAUGAUCAAUCAAAUGUAAGACCUCCAAUAGAUUGGUAUCCAAAUAAUAAUGGAAAUGAACUUCAUACCAACAACAAUAAUAACGACGACAAUAAUCAUAGCAAUAGAGGUGAUUUUCAACAACGUAAUUAA